CUGCCCCUUCUCUCUCUUCAGUGGUGCCACCGCCUGGACGGGGGCCCGAGGUGGCGGGGCGGGAGGGGAAGGCGGUUUCUUUUCCCUCAGGAGCGAGCGGUAACUUGUGUGUUGGGGCCCGGCCCGGCUGCCUGCCUGCUCCCUGCACUGCGGCCCUUCGAGGCCUGCAGCGUUGUUGUGGGGGCUCAGGGCCUCCGUUGGGGGAGCUUACCCUGGGAGCCGCGGCGGCCGCCGGUGGGCUGCGUGGGGGCUUUAUCCUUUUGCCUGCAGCUGCCUCGGGCAGCGAUCACCCAGCUGAAGCAAGGGGAGAGGGUCCAGGCUGACAGAAACCCCCUGGGGGCCCUGGCUGAGUGGUGGCAGGUGGAGAGCCUGGGCUCGUGUGCACCAGGCCUUUUGUCAUUGGGAGGAAAGGCUGAGACACCAGUUCCAAAAAGCUGGAGACGUUUCUGCAUCACUUUCUGGAAGAAACACUUGUCCCUGACUCUAGGAGAAGGUAGCGGCAAGCCAGCUACUCUUACCUAUGACACCCUCAGGUUUGAGUAUGAAGACUUCCCUGAGACCAAAGAACCGGUUUGGAUACUAGGCCGAAAAUACUGUGUUUUUACAGACAAAGAAGAGAUCCUUUUGGAUGUGACGUCUCGACUUUGGUUCACCUACAGAAAGAACUUUCCUGCUAUUGGAGGAACUGGUCCCACAUCUGACACUGGCUGGGGCUGUAUGUUGCGGUGUGGCCAGAUGAUCUUCGCUCAGGCCUUGGUCUGCAGGCAUUUGGGCAGAGACUGGAGGUGGAUAAAAGGGAAGAGGCAGAUGGAUAAUUACUUCAGCGUACUUAAUGCCUUCAUCGACAAAAAAGAUAGCUAUUACUCCAUUCAUCAGAUAGCCCAGAUGGGAGUUGGAGAGGGGAAAUCCAUAGGCCAAUGGUAUGGACCAAACACAGUAGCACAAGUCCUCAAAAAACUUGCCGCUUUUGAUACAUGGAGUUCACUGGCAGUGCAUGUAGCCAUGGACAACACUGUAGUGAUGGAAGAAAUUAGGCGGUUGUGCCAGUCCAACUUCUCAUGUGCUGGAGCUGCAGCAUUCCCUACUGUGGAGUCAGACCUGCUCUAUAAUGGGUACCCAAAGGAAGUAGAGGUUAGAGAUAGGCUCUCGCUAUGGAAGCCAUUGGUGCUGCUGAUACCUCUCCGUCUUGGGCUCACAGAAAUCAAUGAAGCCUAUAUUGAAACACUAAAGCACUGCUUCAUGAUGCCCCAGUCCCUGGGAGUGAUCGGAGGGAAGCCAAACAGUGCUCACUACUUCAUUGGCUACGUAGGUGAGGAGCUCAUUUAUCUGGAUCCUCAUACUACACAGCCUUCAGUGGAGCCCAACGAGAGCAGCUGUUUCCCUGAUGAAAGCUUCCACUGCCAGCACCCUCCCUGCAGAAUGAGUAUUGCUGAGCUUGACCCUUCCAUUGCGGUGGGUUUUUUCUGCAACACAGAGGAGGACUUUAAUGAUUGGUGCCAGCAAAUCAAAAAGCUGUCCCUGGUAAGAGGAGCAUUGCCAAUGUUUGAACUGGUAGAACGCCAGCCAUCACAUUUCUCCAAUCCUGAUGUUCUGAAUCUCACACCAGACUCCUCCGAUGCCGACAGAUUGGAAAGGUUCUUUGACUCGGAAGAUGAAGACUUUGAAAUCUUAUCCCUUUGAAAGCAAACAGGAAACUGACUGCAAAUCUGUGUUAUGUGAGGGGAGGAGGGGGGGAGGGAAGCUCCUUUGAGAGCCAGGGGCUACCAGUUUUCAUAGGCGCUUGCUGCCAUCCCUGCCUCUUGUCCAUCCUGGCAUUCUGUGCAGCUUCUGAAUGGAGUGUGUGUUGUCUGUGUUGGGGUGAAGGACCAAGUGGGUAUUAGAGCCUUACUGGCUGGAGUCAGGAUUUCUCAGCAAUUGCUGGAAGUGGAUGCAGUGGUGCCUAGGAAUUCAAAGCCUAUUUGUUACAAAAGCAGGUCAGUUGGCCUUUUGGGGGAGCAGCAGAAACCCUUAGAGUGCUAAAUCCUUACAUGGGGACUCCUCUGUGAAGCUUAAAUAGAACCACCCCUCAUUUAGCAGGUGAAAUGUACGCUUAAUUCCUUUAGUGACUUAGUGGCCAACUUGAACUGCACCUAAUGAUGCAAAUUAACAGUGGAUGCACUGUGGAGGCAGACAACUAUGGAGCCCUAAGAGUGUGGAUGUCCCUGUUUCCUACAGUAAAAUUCCUCAUUAUGCUUUGUGUAACAGCACUUCCUUGCAGGUGCAAUACUCCUUUUCCACUCACAUCCUAUCAAAAGGCAGUUAGGAUAAUUUAAGAGAUAAGUGACUAGCAAUUCAAUAAGCAAAAGGCUGUCCGGGAAAGAUUGGAGCAGAUUUAUCCAACUGGAGAGGAACAUAAUCUGAGUAUAACAGCAGGAAGGAGGAGGAAGAAAAGAGAAAAUGUAUGUGUUCUUCCUCAGUGAGUUAAUCUCUUAACAAAUCAUAAAAUGUUAUUAAUUUCUACAGAAAGUAUCUUUAUGGAAGUUGCUUUGAGCAGAGAACGGGAUUCCACAGCCAUGGGAAAAAAAAAAGAAUAGUCCAUAGAAGGGAGAGGGCAGAAUAGGACACCUGAGAAUCUACCAGUCAUCAGAUUACUUGUGCCUGUGCCAGGCAGGGAGUCUAGUGCAUUAAUUAUGCUGGUACCAAAAAAGUGGGCUGUAAAAUUCUCAAAUUAUCCUCUAUGGUAUGUUCAGCAGUUCCUCCAACUCCUCCUGUUAGAAGGUCCCUUUCCAAAUGAGAAGAGGGCCUGAAGGUUAACUAGGCCUCAUAGCUGCAUUAGUACCUUUUCGUUUUCUGUUCUGGAGAUUUAUCUUCCCCCAGAAUAUGUGCACAAACAUACUCUAGGAACUAAUCUGGAGAAAUCCAUUUCAAGUAAUCAUCCCAAAGAGGUCAGCAGAGAUAGAAUACUGUGAAAAGAUCCAACAUACUUCUAUGGGAAAUUUUAGCUACUUUAAGGUAACAGGUCUGCCUAUAGUCCUUAUCUGCAUAAACAGAAUUCGGGUAAAGAUUAGCUGAGGAAGAGAGUUAUCUUAAUGCAAACUAAACUGAAGUUAAACUGAGUUGCUGAAGUAGUUUCCUUAGUGCAUGCUGCAGGCUGCAUUCUGUUUACAAAAUUUUGUUUUGUACAUUUAGGAUCAGAACCUGCCAGUUGAUGCUUUUGUGCCCAAAGGUGGUGACAACUGGCUACAAAUGACCCAUUUCUCCGUGACUGACCUACUGAUGCUCUUAACUGUCCAUAUGCCAUCCAAAAGCAAAGGUUUGAACUUGAAACCACAAUGCUUCUGUCACUAAAUUAUUACUUGCUGCUUGGACUGCUUCUCUCCUUUCUUGUAGUUAGGGGAGGAGGUAGCAGAGAAGGUGGGGCUGUGCUCCAUUCAUCUGCUUUCACUUUAUAUCUGAAUAAAUGGAUCUAAAAUCUUU